GUUCAGGAAGUGGUUGUUUCGCUGCCAGCAUGAUUUUGAAAGUUGUGAGGUCUAUCUUCAGCAGAUCUUCUUCUAUUUAAAUCGUUAAGCGAUAUAAUUACAAAACAAUAAAAUGUUGAAGGUGAAAAGAGUUGUUUUGCACUCUCGUCCAGGCAAAAAUGGUCAUCCGGUUCCAGAACAUUUUCGAGUUGAAGAAAUUGUUCAACCCAGUGAGCUGAGAGAAGCAGAGGUGCUAGUUCGGACACUGUGUCUGUCAGUUGACCCGUACAUGCGUUGUCGUAUGAACGAUGAUACUGGCGCUGACUACCUGUUGCCAUGGAGAUUAGAGGAGCCCGUGGACGGAGGUGGAGUUGGAAUAGUAAAGGCAAGCAAAAAUAAAGCAUUGUCUGUUGGCAGUAUUGUCACAUCUUUCAACUGGCGCUGGCAGACAUUUGACGUGAUAAAUGGAAGUCUUUUACAUAAGGUUAAUCCAGAGAUGGUAAAUGGUCACCUGUCAUAUUUUCUGGGAGCAGUAGGCAUACCUGGGCUUACUGCUCUAUUAGGGGUGAGAGAAAAGGGUCAUGUGAGUCCUGGGACCAAUCAAACAAUGGUUGUCAGUGGAGCAGCUGGUGCUUGUGGGUCAAUUGCUGGACAGAUUGGCAGAUUGGAUGGUUGUGAGAAGGUGGUGGGAAUUUGCGGUUCCGACCAGAAAUGCCAGGCCUUGGUGACCGAGCUGGGUUUUACUUCAGCUAUUAACUACAAGAAGGGAGAUAUCAGCUCAGCUCUGAAGGAACAUUGCCCCAAAGGGAUUGAUAUUUACUUUGAUAAUGUAGGGGGUCCCAUCAGCGAUGCUGUAAUAUCACAGAUGAAUACUGGUGGUCAUGUGAUCCUGUGUGGCCAGAUCUCACAGUACAAUAAGGAUGUGCCUUACCCUCCACCUCUUAGUGAGGAUACCCAAGACUCUUUGCGUUUUAAGAACAUUACAAGGGAGAGAUUUGUUGUAUUGAACUACAUGGAGAAACACACAGAAGGUCUUCUUCAGCUCAGUCACUGGGUAAAGACCGGACAGAUAAAGGUGUUGGAAACGGUUGUAGAUGGUAUAGAAAACAUGGGAGAUGCCUUUUGCUCAAUGAUGACCGGGGGCAACAUAGGGAAACAGAUCGUCAAAAUUUCAGACUGAGUUUAUACCUCUCCAUCAGAAGGUGCUGCUUUCACACGAGUCUGAGAUGGUAACAGAAAGGUUGUGCAGUUUCCAUGAUUGGAUAAUCAUGGUGCCUAAAACAUUGUUUUUGUAGUAUGUUCUGUAAGGUGACUAGGGUAAAAACACAAGUUCAACAAGUAAUUAAAUUAGCAUUAUUUGUUAUCACAACAUUAAUGUUGUUUUUGUUAACAUGUUACAUUAACAAAUGCAUUAGCUAUCAUGAACUAACAAUGAGCAAUAUAAGUUUAGCAUUUAUUAAUGUGUUCAUGUUAGUUAAUGCUGAUAAAAUUGUUCAUGUUAGUUCAUUGUGCAUUAACUAAUGUUAACAGUUACAACAAUUUAUUUUAAAAAGGAAGAAUAAAUGUUGAAAUUAACGAAUCAAGAUUAAUAAAUACUGUAGAAGUAUUGCUCAUUUAUUAACUCAUGUUGUUCGAAGCAUUAUUAAACGUAUCUUUAUUGUAAAGUGUUACUGUAUAUAAACAUUUGCCCUAACUCUUAAGUGUCUAUCUUAAAAUUGUCUUCGAAUAGUAGGCUCUUGAUAUUAACUCAUUGUCAUAAUAAAAAUAUAUAUAUUUUUAUAUUUA